AUGGGGAGCAUCGAUCCAAAGACCGCCUCACAAGGAGGCUUAAAUAUUCUUAUCGCCGGCGCUGGUAUCGGUGGUCUCGCAGCUGCCAUUGCCCUUCGCAAGCAAGGUCAUCGCGUUCAACUCUUUGAGCGCUCUCGUUUCGCCAACGAAAUCGGAGCUGCUAUCCAUCUCACUCCCAACGCCAAUUCCGCACUGCUGGGUCUAGGAAUUGAUGCUGCCAAGUUUGGGGCCGUGGAGGUGGACCAGCUGCACAUCUAUAAUCCUGCGGGCGAGACCUUGGCGAUUGUGGAUCAUAAAGCACGAGCGGAUAGGUGGCGAACCAAAUGGUCCCUUGUGCACCGGGCCCAUCUCCAUGAGGGGUUGAAAAAUGUUGCUCAGGGUCCUGGCUCCGGAAUGCCGGCUGAGCUGCACACUAGCAGCAAGGUCGUUGAGAUUGAUCCCGAAGCUGCGACGAUCACUCUCGAGAACGGCAAUGUCUUUCAAGGUGACGUCGUGCUCGGAGCAGACGGUGUACACUCCCUUGCGAGAACAAAGCUUCCGGGCACCGAAAAAAUCGAGCCCUACAGCUCUGGCAAGAGCGCUUUCCGCUUCCUGCUGUCGCGAAAAGUCGCGCAAGAAGACCCUGAGACAAAGCCGCUGGCUGACAUCCACAGCGUCUGCAGCAUGUGGGACUCCCAUGAAAAACGCGUGGUCAUCUACCCCUGUGCCAAUAAUGAGAUCUUGAAUUUUGUCUGUAUCCACCCUGCUACGCUGAGCAAGGCCAACACUGGCGCAGAUUGGAACCAGGAAGCCAGCAAGGAUGCCCUUCUUGAUGUUUAUAAAGAUUUCAAGCCGGAGGUGGUCAAGAUCUUGGCCAAGGCUGAUCCCCAGACUCUCAGAGUAUGGCCGCUAUUUGACAUGCAAAAGCCACCUACGUGGGUCAAUGGUCGUCUAGCGGUGCUGGGAGAUGCUGUUCAUCCCUUCUUGCCAUAUCGCGCUUCCGGUGGCGCCAUGGCUAUUGAGGAUGGUGUGUCUCUUGGAGUGAUGCUCUCAAGGGAUCUCGAUCCAGCGGAUGUUCCUGAGAGGCUAAAGCUAUACGAGGAAGCUCGAUACACACGAGCUACCACAAUUCAGCAGAUGACUCGAGACUCUGAUGGCCCUCAACCCGUCGAAGAGAUCCAUCGAAUGGAAGACUAUAUCUACGGACAUGACGAACAUGAUUAUUCGACCAAUAUCCUGCGGAAACACAUCUGGCGUCAAGGGGCACCCAAAUACUGGCGUCAGCCGAUAGUGUUCGGGCCCAUGCCUGGUCCCAGGCAGGACUGGUACGGUCGUGACCGUGUUCAGAAAUCACUCAAGGCCACUUUCGAGACGGUCUCGAUCCGAUUUAAGACCAGUCGGACCUGCCUCCAAAAUCUACUUCCCAACGAUUCCUGGUCCUUCGUGAAUCAGGGUACCGUAGCCUAUGCGAGCUUCUCCCAGACAAAACUCCACCGCAUGGACUGGCUCGGCGGAGGCGGUUACCGCCACAUCGGGCUUUACAUCGAGGGCGUACAGUACAAGAAAAACAACGGCGAGACAGUCGAGGGCACCUACCUGCCGAUUCUGUUCGAGAGUCUGACGGAUCCUAUUGUCAGUGGCCGCGAAGAGCUUGGCAUGCCCAAGUUGUAUACAGCCAUUGAUGCCCACGACCGCAGCAAAUCACACCAUCUGACAACCAGCUGGCAGGGUGCAGUCUGGGGACAUUUCCACUUGGAGGACCUUGAGGAUCAGGUGCCGGAGAUGAACACGAACCCUAAUCCCUCCAGUGUGGGUAUCUUGGUGCACCGCUAUUUCCCCAAGGUUGGCCAUGAGAACAAGGGAGUGCCCGAAGCAGAAUACCCUGUUAUUGUGCCACAUGCAGAAGAGGCGAAAGUGGUUCCCUCCAAGAUCACUCGGUUGCGAACCACCAAGAACGCAACAUUCGAGAUCAACGGCCUCAACUGGACACAACUACCCACAUUGCAUCACAUCGUUUCCCGCUUGGCUGAGAUUCCAGUCGACGAAGUUGUUGGUGCGAAGAUUGUGGAGGGUGAGGGUGUACCAGAUGUAUCAGUGGCCAAGCGCUUGGAAUAG